UCCAUCCAAUCCAACUGAGUCUGAAACAACUGGCUGUAACAUGAAGGCUUUUCUUUUCCUUCCCUUCAUGUUCUUGGCCAUGUUCUCAGUGUCUUCAACACAGACUUCGAAAGCACAUGUUAAAAUAGAGAAGGGCCAAGAACCUGCACUUAUCUUAGAGAAAAACAAUAAAGCUGACCCUCAGGGGGGACAAAAAGAAUCUAAUUUGGAAGGUGAUAGCAUCAGAAAUUUAGACCUCCCUGUUUUUCCUGGAAAUCCAGAGGAUUAUGACCAUGUGGGGGAACAUAAUCAGGAAGGGAAAAUAAAAAAUGUACAUCAGGCUCUGAAUGUGCAAGCGAGUUCAGGAGAACCUAACCAAAACGCUGGUUCAGAAAUGUCUAGUGAGCACGGAAAACCAGGAUCAUCUCUCCAGCAAAGGAAGCCGGGGUCUUCUGGCAAGCAAGGGGUUUCAGAAUCAUCUAGCCAGCAAGGAAAAUUAGGAUCAUCCAGCCAUCAGGGGAAGCCAGGAUCAUCCAGCCAGCAAGGGAAUCUAGGAUCAUCCAGCCAGCAGGGGAAUCGAGGAUCAUCUAGCCAACCAGGAAAACCAGGAUCAUCCAGCCAGCAGGGGAAACCAGGAUCAUCCAGCCAGCAGGGGAAUCUAGGAUCAUCUAGCCAGCAGGGGAAUCUAGGAUCAGCUAGCCAACCAGGAAAACCAGGAUCAUCCAGCCAGCAUGAGAAGCCAGAAUCAUCUGGCCAACAAGAAAAUCCAAUGUCUUUUUACAGUCAAGAAGGAAUAAAAAAUUUAGGUUAA